UUUGGGGACCAUUAGCAGCAGCGCUCCGUUUUACCGGGAACAAAAAUCAUAGAAAUGUCCUUGUUUAAAACUAGAGAAAAUCGUCCCGCAGUAUAAAAAUACAUAUAUUUACAUUUUGUUAUCUUCAUAUUUCCCUCUAACCAAGUGAACCGACCUUUGCCGGGUGGGGGAAUGUUGACGGUGUAACACCAGACUUUAGGAGGAGGACGCCGCUCGCACCGCUUCGCCGUGAAUUUGUUUUAGCUUCAGUUUCGGGAUAAUCAUUUAUAUUCUCUCCGCCGUAAAUGAGUCGCAGAGGAGACAGCGACGAUGAAAGCUGUAGCAAACGGAGAGUCGCGUAUGUUUACAGUUCGGAGUACAUCGAGACUUGCGACACUUUAUCCAAAGUGCCAAACCGGGCGAGUAUGGUCCACUCACUGAUAGAAGCCUAUGGGCUGCUUGAACAUAUGAGCACAGUGAAGCCUCAUGUGGCCACCAUAGAGGAAAUGGCCAAGUUCCACACAGAUUCCUACCUGGAGCAUCUUCAUAAAAUCAGCCAGGAUGGAGACAACGAUGACCCCCAGUCAGUCGACUAUGGCCUGGGUUAUGACUGUCCGGUGGUGGAGGGGAUAUUUGACUAUGCGGCAGCAGUCGGUGGCGCUACACUGACCGCAGCCCAGUGUCUGCUGGACCAGAAGAGUGAAGUGGCCAUCAACUGGGCAGGGGGGUGGCACCACGCUAAGAAGGAUGAGGCGUCGGGUUUCUGUUAUGUGAACGACGCUGUGCUGGGAAUCCUCAAACUGAGAGAGAAAUAUGAGCGUGUCCUCUAUGUGGACGUUGACCUGCAUCAUGGAGAUGGUGUGGAAGAUGCCUUCAGCUUCACAUCCAAAGUCAUGACCGUCUCUCUGCAUAAGUUCUCCCCUGGAUUCUUCCCAGGUACGGGUGACCUGUGUGACACGGGGCUGGGUAAAGGCCGUUGGUACGCCGUGAACGUCCCGCUGGAGGACGGCAUCAAGGAUGACAGAUACUACCAGAUUUUUACCAGUGUGAUGCAGGAAGUGCGGGCGCAGUUUAACCCGGAGGCGGUGGUGAUGCAGCUGGGUGCCGACACGAUGGCGGGCGACCCCAUGUGCUCCUUUAACAUGACCCCAGUGGGGGUGGGCAAGUGUCUGCAGUACGUCCUGCAGUGGCAGCUACCUACACUGCUGCUGGGAGGAGGAGGUUAUAACCUGGCUAACACGGCUCGUUGUUGGACUUACCUGACGGCAGCAGUGCUGGGAAAGACCCUUUCCUCUGAGAUACCAGACCACGAGUUUUUUACAGAAUACGGACCCGACUACUCUCUGGAGAUCAGUCCCAGCUGUCGACCAGACCGCAACGACACCAAACACCUGGACCAGGUCAUCAGCACCAUCAAAGGGAAUUUAAAGAAUGUGGUUUAGGAGCCGGCAGCCUCAGCUUCAUCCACACACACACACACACACACACAAACACACCAUGUUUCCAAACCAGGUCGAUGCUCGGCGGUUUUAAUGAAGACAAUAUGGAGCAGACCCCUUCGGCCCCGAGGCACGGAGCAAACGAGGGAGGGAUGAAGGCAGGAAAAAGAGAGCGAGAGAAGGUUUUGGAAAACAUUAGCUGAGUGUUUCCAGGGGAAAACAGUUUAAUAAAGGGGGGAGGGGGGUGAUGUGGUCGCUGUACAACACUCACUGUUUUUAAUCCUUAGUGUUUUUGAAAGGUUAUGUGUGUUUGUGUGAAUGAGAGAGUUUAUGGUAUGUUCAAUGUGGUUAUGUAAAACUGAAUUACAGCAGGAUUUUACAGUCAGUGCACCCUGUUUUUUUUUUUUUUGGUAUCAAGGGAUGCGUUUGUGUGCGUCCUAUUAGUUGCACAUUUUAAACUAAACGGAAAAACAGAUUUCUCAAGUGUCCCGUUUCACGUCCACCGCGGCGCUGCUGUGAUUUUAACUCCCCGAGGACAGAUGAGCGCUAAAACAGACAUAAAGCGAAACGGCCACGUUCCCCGAACGAACCUGUAAAGAAAAAACAACAAAAAAAACCCGGGUUUCUGAUCAGGUCCGGAAAGUCCUGCAGAGUAUGUGAAACGUCCAGAGACACUUGGAAAGUUUACAAACAAAUGGUCUGGAAAAGUUUGGGAAAUAGCCGGUUAGAGAUUUUACAUUGAUUUGCUCAGCCACAAUGUUUUGACCCCUGGGCAAAACCUUCAAAUUAAACAUCUGGACAGAGAUGGGAAUUUUAAAUGGAAAAUAUGCAGGGAAAGUUAAAAAAGGUUGUUUUUUUUUUUGUCUUUUUUUUUUCCACAGACAGACAAAAACAAAGAUUACAUGAACUUUGAGGAUGAUUUGGAUAGAAACGGCAGUCCCCAAACUUGUUUGGCAGAACCGGAGACGAAGGUGAAAUCAGUUCAUUUCAGUGUGAACAAAUGCGGCCGCAGCGGAUUUCCCAGAGAGACCAAAAAUGAAAACAUCACCCAAGCUGCGUGUAGCGGCCUCAACUAUACCAUCAUAUGGCCCGUACAAUAGGGCUUGCGUAUCAAGCCUCACUACUUUGGUUCUGACUGUAAUGUGUCCGACGCGCAGCGUAUCGAAAAAAACGUCAGUAAAUUUCUGAUCCCGUCUUCUUACUAUUUGAUCCGAUAGUGGCUUUGAGACAAAUUGACUUCUUCUGUGAAAAACCAAAACCUUUCUGAAGGCAAAUGGCACAGUUCCGUCAGAAAUAAACAAAUGCGGUCCCCACUCUAGUUGCCUGUAAGAGCAGCCGUAAUGAUAAUGCUCACAGAUAUUAUGCGACUAAAUGUAUAGGGAAUGGAUUGAUCAGAAGUUUACACGUCAGACAGCAAAGAUCGCCGUCACAUUUCUGUUUGUAGGUCGCUAAGAUCCCUACGCAAGUCUAAAAAUAGAUGCAAAGCUCGUGUCUGGAGAAGUUUGGAAAACAACUAAAUCUUGUUGAAUUUCUCCGUGUCGCAUUGCUCAGCUGCCGCCGCUGCUCGUCGAGCUGCACAGUGACCGGAAUCUCCAAAUCCUCCUAAUGACGCUGAGGUGCACGAGGGAUUUGGACUCACGGUGGGGGGGCUCAGUGUUGGCAUCAUUAAAUGCCACUAGGGAAUGCUUGGAAAAGUUAAAUGGAUCAUCAUCAAGUCCUUUAAUUCGGGGUUGUACUGAUAAUCUGGAAGUGACUCCGUCUAGUGAAAAAGGUUGAAAUGACUCACAAAGUUCAUAUUUGUGCACAGAAAGAGCAGUUUGACAAAAUAAAUCCAGACUCAAGCUCCACAGACUCACUCUUGUUUUUUAGGAGCUUUCAACUGCAUGUUGUGGUUUUUUUUCCCAGCUUCCAACUCCAUCAGCUGCAAGAUGUGGUCAAAAGCGCCAGAAAAAGCGAGUAAGUGGACCUCAAGUAAAGAUUUUUUUCGUCAAACUACAAUAACUGUAGUAACUAAAAACAUUUUCAUGCUUUAAAAGUCCAUCAUCGGUUCCUUUUUAAGAUUCACAUCAACAUUUCUCUUCUUUUUUGUAGUGUUUUUUUUUUUUUUCUGUCCGUGCACGUUUUUUAAAAGGUUUUUUAAAAAGUAGAAAAACUAAAGGAAAAUCCCGCCUUAUCUUGCAUCUUUAACUGCUGCUAAAUGAAAAAGAAAAACUCAUUUUAAACUUAGUGACAAAGAAAGACCAGUGGUUUUAAAGCAACUUCCACCAGUGUUUAACUCUCAAUACAUGUAUGUGGAAACACUUUUCACAAAACUCUAAACUCACUCUCAUUUGACCAACACAUAAACAUGAAAUCUUGUGUAUGAAUAUCCUAGCGUAAAGUUUGUCUAUCGUACUGUUUGAAAAAUGAAAAGAAAGUUAUGUUCAUGCAUGAGUUUUCACAGAAUUACUUUUUUUUUUCUUUUUUUUUUUCUUAACUGUUGGAGUGUUUUGAUGUACAUGCCACAGGCGUUUGUUGAAAUAAAACACAGGAGAGCAUGUUGUUG